CCUUCUACAAAAAUAUUUAAAUCCAAUGAGAAGAUUGACAGAAGACUUGCCCAAUCACAAUGUGGAAGUGCAGCUGGAAAUAGUGGGGAGUAUAUCGCAAGCGCCUGCAGUUGAUCCUCAAAGAAGAUAUCUUGGUUAUUUUAAUCAGCCUUCUGCUCGACGGUACAACACAGGAUUUGCAAGGACUCCUCCGAAGCCCAUAACUACGACUGACACGACGGUAGACACAACCACCACCACUCACCUUUCAACUACCAGCAAAAUUACAACUACCACAGAUACUACUACAACUGAUGCUGGCAAGCGCCCUGUAUACAUGGACGACUUGAAGCAAGCCUUACAGGAAUUUGAAAAGAAAUUUACCACAACAGAAUCGACGACUUCUACCGACACAAAUGCCAAUAACCUAAAUAAUAUAAUAGCCUUCACAAGAAGACCCUUUCAUUUCUCUGGUCCUUCUGCUGCGCUGAAAUAUCCCAUAGACAGAAGCCUUCAGGGUCUCGUAAAAUUGCUGAGAAAUGGCUUGGAACUAGAAAGUCCUGUAGCAAGACCCACAAACGAAAAUUUGGAAUGGUUUCAAGUUAAAAUACCAAAAACGGCGUAAUUUGACUUUUUAGUUCAUUAACUUAUUACAAAUAUUUAAAUAUAUUUGUAACACUGUGUAAUAAAAUAUUUUCUCAAAUUAUAAUAUUUAAAAUUUUCUAAACAUAACUUUGUAAAAAAAAGAUAAAAAGUAUAAAGAUCAUCUCUCUUAAUUCUUCCAUAUAGUAGAAAAACACACCAGGCACAUAAACUAAAUGCUAACAUGAGUCCAGAACAUGAAUUACACUUAGAAAAUUUAUUUAUCGCACAAAAUAAUGAAAUAUUGGUCUAUUUACAGCUUAAACUCAAAUACAGACUUUAUAGCCCAAUGAAUACUUUAGGAACUCCUUUCAAGUUCUGUAGGUACGGUCCAUGUUAUACCAUUGUGACUUCGAAGCCCAUGCCAUUUCCCUUACCUCGUUAAAAUUGGUUUACAACUAUCAUUGACCGGUCAUGCUUGAUUGUAAAAUAUUAGCAUGAUACAAGUGGAGGACACGUAUUGACUAAAAUACAUUGCUUGUCGACAAACAAUGAUCGAACUAAACCGAUCAAUUACUGGCAUAAAAGUAAUUAUUUAAAAUGCUACUAUCUAUUUGACCUCAGAGGUAGUAUACAAAAAUUAACUAGUAAUUUAUGGGCUUCUUUCAAAGAUAAUUCCGUGUAAUAUUAUUAACUCAUCGGACUGGCGGUAACUGCGCCGUAUUCAUAGUGCUGGAUUUGGUAAAAUAUUGUUAUUACUUACGAAGCGUAACGGAUUAAGAAUAUUAAGUUUAAAAAAAGUUUUGCUAUUUCAGAAAUGAUAAUUAAUUUUAUGUUUUGUUUAAUUUAUUUUGAGAGCAGUAUAAUAACGUUAUUUUUGUAUGCAAAUAAACAAAUUUACUAACUA